ACGCUGGGUUUUUCGGGACGAGAAGCGCCCGCGAGCGAGCUUGGCUGGGGGUGAAACGUACUCUUACGAGACGUUCACUGACGGAGCUUCAAUGUUUAAAUGUGCACAGGGUAACUCUAACUACUCUGUCAGAGAGGCAUAAGUUGUAGCGGUUAGCUGUUUGUCGAGAAAAAGGGUGCUGCGUCUGCCCCUUUGCAGCGCAUAUUCGCAUAUUGAGAUCCCAACAGGGCACCAAAUAUGCAGCCAACAGGGCCGCCUGUACCUACAUAAGACUGCGACGAUAAUAUCCUACCCCGGUCUCCUUUCAAGGGAGAGAGGAAAAAAAGAGAAGCUGGCCGGGGAGCCCUACAUGCAGUUCCCGCAAUCCACAUUGCAUCUGCAUUUCCCUCCGUUCUUUUCUCUUACUCUGGUCCCUCUUUGACGUCCUCCCUUUUUUCUCUCGAGAGCUGCUCACAAAACGGAUUUGUUUCAAACAGCGGAUAGUCAAUCAGUUUCUCUACUCCUCGAGAGGAAUUUAUCACCAUGGCGCUGGGACAGUCAGAGGAGAAGAUCAUUUCUCAGGUGGAGAACCGUCCUGUUAACCACUAUGAUGGCGAAGCAGCGGCACGGUCAGAUCAAGAUGCCGCUGACAUGGCCAGGCUGGGUGUGGCCCAAGAGACAAAGGUCUGUAGGCUCUAAACCGUUGCAAUUGUUGGAUAACCUGGGGAAAGCCGGCCUGACUUGACAGGCAACUAACAGCCUUGCAUUGCACGAUAGAGACGAUUCGGUUUGGUGACAAUAUUAGGAUUCACAACAUGUAUCAUGGGGACAUGGGAAUCAGGCCUCCCAUUCUUCCUUACCGCGUAUAUCAAUGGAGGACCGGUUACUAUGGUCUAUGGCUUCAUUCUGGCCUUCUUCGGGUCUCUGGCGACAUGUGCCUCUCUUGCUGAGAUGGCUUCAAUGUACCCUAUUUCUGGAGGACAGUACUAUUGGGCGUCUCUUCUCGCCCCCCCAGGAAAGGUCAAAUUCCUUAGUUUCUUGACUGGCUGGCUCUCUGUCCUCGGAUGGCAGUCUGCCUCUACCACUGGUACAUAUCUUGGGGGUACCAUCAUUCAGGGGGUUGUCAAGCUCAACUACCCUGAAUACACGCCUGAGAGAUGGCAGGCUACACUUAUGUUAUAUGCAGUCCUUAUUCUCUCUCUCUCUGUUAAUGUUUCUCUCGUCAAGUGGCUGCCUGGAGUUGAAGGAGUCAUCUUGAUUAUUCACGUCGUUGGAUUCUUCGCAAUCAUGAUACCCCUGGUCCACCUAGCUCCUAUUAGUUCAGCUAAGUUUGUCUUCACCGAGUUCAUAAACACCUCCGGCUACAGCAGCAAUGGACUAUCCUGGCUGAUCGGCCAGUCAGCCAGCGCUGUCUUGUUCAUUGGAUACGACGGCGCAUGUCAUAUGGCUGAAGAAGUACAAAAUGCGCGCAUCAACGUCCCCAGGGCCAUGUUCUUUACAAUGUUUAUCAACGGUGCCAUGGGACUGGCAAUGUACCUUGUCAUCCUUUUCUGCAUCGGAGACAUAGACAAGGUCAUUAACACAGAAACCAAGGUCCCUUUCAUUGAGCUAUUCAGAAAUUCCACCCAGUCAAACACGGCUGCCACCGUCCUAACCUCCUUAUUGAUAACAACAUACAUUGUUGCAAACUUCAAUUUCAUGGCCUCUGCUUCAAGACAGGCUUGGGCCUUUGCCCGUGAUGGCGGUCUACCGUUCUCACAUCUCUUGCGGAAGAUUGACCGCAAACGAUCAAUUCCUCUUUUCGCAAUCGCCCUCACUGGAGUACUUAAUGCCCUCCUUGGAUUGAUCAGCAUUGGCUCAAACGUCGCUUUCUCUGCCGUCGUCUCCCUGGUCGUAUCCGGUUACAUGUCCUCCUACGUUAUCGUCAUCUGUGUUAUGAUUCAUAAACGACUUACCCAUGGGAAGAUCGAGUUCGGCCCAUGGAAUCUUGGUCGGUACGGCCUACCGAUCAACAUUGUUGCCGUCAUAUAUACCACUGUGACAGUCAUAUUUGCGUUUUUCCCUCCCUCCGUCCCCGUCACUGCUGAGAACAUGAAUUAUUCUGGCCCUGUUUAUGGUGUGGUCGUUGCCUUUGGAAUUGUGUACUAUAUUGUACGCGGCCACAAAACAUAUACAGGCCCGAAGCUGCCCCGGAAUGGACUGUAG